CGAGCCCAUAGCCCAUGCGAGCCGCAAGUUCCCAAACCAAACAAAAAGACUAGAGAAGAGACAGAGGCCAGCAGCACAAAUGUUUUUGUAUGAAGGAAAAGAAUAACAGGCAAUCGACAUGAUCUUGAAAUUUACAUUUCCACUAGAAGAUUCAGUAAAGGAGACCUUAGAAUCCGAAAAUGAAAAGACCGUGGUUGUAUCGAUUGUGGGCAAAUCAGAUUUUCGCUCUUUUGGCAGCAAAGGUGGCCCAGCCGAUGAAACUUGUGAUAGGCAAGUUUUCACCACGAGCAGGCCACCCAAGGUUCCUUCCAAAUCCUUGGUCUUGAUUGAAGGCUAUCAUGAUAAAGCAAACAAAAUAAUGUUUCUUCACUUGAGAAGCCCAUUCGACUCAAGUCACUUUGCAGAAAUCGUUGAGCAGGAAGAUGACGACUCCAAGUCGUUUCAAGAGUUGUUAUCGGAGUGUCGGGCGCAGCAAGCGAAAGCGAUGCUAUUCCUGCUGACCAUUUCACACAUCGUCAUCCUUUCGUCACCGUCACCCAGAUUUGAAACUCAGUAUUUGCAGUUGUUUAGAACCCUGGACCAAAUAAGACAAAAAGCACACCCGUUGAUAGCCGACCAACUGCACAAGAUGCCGGGAGUGAGCGCUGAUUGGACUGCCCAGCAACGUAUGUGCACCCCCAGACUUCUGUUUUACUUCCAGUCCAAUCAACUGGAUGCAAAUAAAGAUCUGAAGAAACUCGAACACUCCAUGGAAGACCAAAUAUACAGACAACUUAGGCGUUGCAGAAUCAUCACAAACUCAACGACACUGUCGCUCUUUGCAAUUCCACCAAACCAGGAAUUUGUGUUCAUUGAGGACCAGGAUCUCAAUGUUUUGGACAAAACUCAGCAGGCUGUUAAUCGAGCGCUAAGGUUUUGCUUGGGAGAUUGUGCAGAAAAGACUGACAACAGUGACUUGCUUCCAAGAAAUGUUCACCGCUUCAAAGAGUUUCUGCUUGAGCAUGUGAACACAGCUUUUGGCAAAGGCUUUGACGACUCUCUCGGCAGACACACAAACACAGCACAUUUUGAGAUCCCACCACUGUCGGUGUGGGCAGAAGCUUCUUCUGCAAUUUAUAAAGUUCUGUUGGGCGAAGAGACUAACUCGAAGCAAAGACAGGUGCUCAGCUUGUUGUCCAGCUCAUUCAACGUGUCGAUUCGGUUCAGUGAGGCUAGGUGCAAAAAGGUUUUACCGAUGGCUUUCGCUGCAUACCAAGAGGGACUGCCCACGCACUACACCAAAGCCUACCAUGAAGGACGGCUGGCGUUUGCAAACUCUGUUUUUCUGCAACAUGCUCGAGGCCCGUCGUGCUCCAAGUACAUAGCUGACUUGAAGCAAAUGUGCGAUGAACACUGGCAUGAUGGCCGACAAAUGUGCGAAGUGCUCAGCUUGUCUGGAAACCCUUGCACACAGCCACUACAUCUUAACGUUGAAGGGGAGGAACCAUGUGAAACUGCUCUCUCUAAGAGUGACCCCCUUUCAACUAUGCCGCACUCGAGUGGCGUUAGAUAUGUGUCCACCUGCAACUGCGGCCGCAAACAAGGCCCACGAGAGGAUCCGUUCGUCCUUCGAAUAGCCAACUGCGAAUUUUACGCUGCUCUUGCAGUUGACUGCUGCAGUAGCCUCCACUCAUUGACAUUCCCAGUUUUUGAGCCAAGCAUAGAUGACUUCAAGGCCGCCAGAGUGGCUGUUGAUGAGCAGCCAAGAAAGGACAGCUUCCGAGCAGUGCAAGAGCAGAAACUCAGCUUGGGAGGAACCCUGUCAGAAAUGGAGGAUGCAACUCGCUUCAAACAGAGAGAUGGAUUCUCAGACCAGAGUCUCCUCCUCCAAAUGGAUGACCUCUGCUUGGAUCCUGGGAAAGAAAAAGGAUUGCUACGGCAAGCGUCCACAACCGAGUACUUGCCUGGAAUGCUACACACUGCGUCGCCAGCAGGCCUGCUUCCGCAGUUUCCGUCAUGGUCCCUGGUUUGUCUGGGUCCCUCUUCAGUUUACUCGCACAACCAUGGCCUCACGGAUCAGGCUGGGUUCCUUCCAGGCUCAGCGUAUCUCUUGCCCUGGGACGUGACUGUCCGAUUUGAGCCGUCCGAGAUGGGCAAAAAGUGCGAGGCAAAGUGGACUUCGAUUGGAGCUGGUGGGGUAAACAUACCUGUAUCGCCCAACCAGCAAAGGAAGUUUGGUGGCAAUGUUAACAAGCGGAAGACAAAGGUUGGGAAAGAUCAUAUCGAGUUUGCUUUGAAAAUUUUCAUUGGUGUGGAGUAUGAGUGCCCAAGAGGCCACCGAUUCAUGCUCUCCAGCCCCGACAAGAUGUUGAAAGCGUCUGGCGCUGGCAUUGUGAAGGAAACUGGGGCCAAAAUCGUCUCGAAUGAUAUGCCGCUUUACUGCCUCUGCCCCUGUAACAAAAACUCCAAGCCAUUGCUCGCCCAGCUAAUGCGAAUCCACGUGGUUACCCCAAAAGCGCCUGUUUACGUUACACUAAAUCCGAAAGUUCAGCCGGCACCAGAUCCCUGCCCAGUUUUCGUCUCUGGACUCAACGAGCCACUUGUACUCACGCAGAGUGCUUAUUGGAUUCUCAGACUUCCAUUUGUUUACAUGGCCGAGCAAAAUUUGUAUCGUAUGCCAAAGGAAACCGUUCCUCUGAACUACGGCCGAUUGCUGGCUGGCUGCUACAGCAUCAUCCCAGAGGCAUCAACGUUUUAAUU